GGUACCUUGAAGAUUACCUGGGAUUUACCUACCUGAGGUACCUGUUAGUGCUUUGGUAAGGGGUACAUCUCAAUUACCUGCCUCAGGCAUCUUCUUGUAACCGUAAGGUCGCUCAUCAAAUUGACGAAUCGUGCCUCUCCUCCAAACCAAUCUGCACAAUCAUACAUCUUCUUCUGCCCCCCCUCAACCCAUGGUCCAUCUAUCCUCUCCUCACCCCUCUCAUCUCCGUCUUCCUCCGCCCUUCCCGUCCAUCCAUUUCCUCACCUCCCGCCCAUCGCGAUCAUCGCGGCGAUGGAUCCGCCACCAACUCUCGAUAUCUCCACCCGCGAUGCCCUAGAGGCUAAUAGCAGCAGCGGCGCGGCGCCACGGACGCGAACCGAGAGCUUCUCGCAGCGAUCUGACGAUUCCCAGACCGCCGCCGACUUUAUUAGAGAUCAACUGCAGCUAGAGGCCGACGCUCGCGAAGCUCUUCCAUAUAGCAUCGAGAACUGCACGAAGCCACUCGGACCGUUGCGGCAGAACAUAUUCGCUUGCCUAACCUGCAACCCGCCCCCCGCCAACCUAGAGGACCCUUACUCCCCCGCCGGCGUAUGCUACUCAUGUUCCGUUCAAUGUCACGGCGACCAUGAGCUGGUCGAGAUCUUCCAGAAGCGCAACUUCACUUGCGAUUGUGGCACUACGCGAUUCACCCCCGAGCAGAAAUGCGCCCUCCGUAUCAAUCCCGACACCGACACGAAGGGAGGCGUGCACUCGGAGCCUCCGGAUGCCAACAACAAGUACAACCAGAAUUUCCGCAACCGAUUCUGCUCCUGCUCCAUAGAUUACAAGCCUUACGAACAGAAGGGGACCAUGUUCCAAUGCUUAGGUCUUGGCACCCACGAAACCGGCGGCUGUGGCGAGGACUGGUAUCACCCCGGCUGUCUCGUCGGUUUGGGACCUCAAUGGUACGAGAAGAGCACGUCAAACGGCAAGACGGUCGCUACCAAUACUAAAAACGGGGCGCUUCCGCCAAUCUUAGAGGACGCGGCGCCGCAGAGUAACGUUGACCCACAGGCCAACGGCGAGGAGAGAGGAGAAGCUGAAGAGGAUGACGAAGAUCUGCCGUUACCAGAUGGAUUUCCUGCCGAGGACACCUUCGACCACCUCAUCUGCUACAAAUGCGUCGAGGCCUACCCCUGGAUUAAGAGAUACGUAGGGACCCCCGGGUUUCUACCGGCCGUGUUUCUCCAGGAAAGUAGGGCAGAAUCGGCGUCGAAGAAGCGUAAGCUCGAAGACGAGCCGGGCGAGGACGGUGAACCUAAUAAGCGGGCUAAGCACGACCCCGAGGCGGCGGUGGUGACCUUACCCGCCGCUGAUCCUUCCGAGGCUCCUCGCGAGAUAAAAGGCGACGAGGUCCUUCCCGAGAAAGACGGAGAGAGCCCAGCGAGAGCAGAGUGCAAGCUGGCGUCUCUACCGCCCGCGCCCCCGGGCAAAUUCUCGUUGUUCACGACUUCGGGCCUGCGCGAGCAGUUCUGCCGCUGCGACUCGUGCUUCGGACACCUCAGACCGCACCCGCAGCUGCUGGAGGAGGAGGAAGCGUACGAGCCGCCGCUCUCGGAGCCGGGAUCCGACAACGGCUCGGCGCACGGCAGCGGCAACUCGCUGUACGACCGCGGCGAAUCCGCGCUGAAGAACGUGGACCGCGUCCGCGCGAUAGAGGGCGUCAUGGCCUACAACCAUCUCAAGGAGCGGCUCAAGCCCUUCUUCCAGCAGUUCGCCGAGAGCGGCAAGGCCAUCAGCGCCGAGGACAUCAAGGAGUACUUCGCGAAGCUCAGAGGCGACGAGCAAGUCAUCCAGGACGCGGGCGCAGCUGCGAAGGAGGACCAUAGGCAGGAGCAGAGCGGCUAUUGAGCGUCGGGUUUCAAGGAGGAGAUUAGUUCACGAGGGCGUUCAUCGCCUGCCGAGGCUACACAUUCGCGGGAUUGUGUGCUGUAUUCUAGCUUGGUAUAACAUCCCCUCGUCCAGAGCGGACAGCCAACUAAUAAUACCAGGGGGCGACCAUCCACAUCCCCCCCUUAUCCGACUACGUUACUCUCCAGAUUUGUUGCGUGCGGUGAUUGCUACCAGAGGUAGAAUGGCGACG